AUGAAGUCUUCGAAUUCUUCAAAACGACAUAGAAAGAAGAAGCCGAUCGCUUCAACUCCGGUACACGUAAGUAAACCCUUUUAUUGUUUUCACUUUUUUUGAUUGUUUCCUACUAUACAAACAUUACGUCGUCAUGUAGUUUAUUAGACGUACGUUUUAGGUAGCCUUAGGUCCUAUAAAAACUAAAAAACAAUUUUUUAAGCAUCAGAGCAUCCCCAUCAAAACAGUUCCAAAUCCGAUAAAGUCCCGGCCGUUACAAUACAAAACAUUGGAAAUUGAAGUUGAAAAGGAUGUGCCACACAAGAUCGUUCUAGAAUUUUCAUCCAGCCAGCCGAACAUUUGGUCAAUAAUGCCGAUUCAAGACAAUAUACUUUACAAACAAUUUAAACUGAAGCUCACGCUACGAUUGCAGGACUUUUCAAACAUCCAAUGUUUAGUCCUUUUACGAAUGGUAAGCACGCUUACCAUAUCUUACUGGAUCUACAACGGGAAAAAAGUUCAGAGGCAAGGACAAUACGUAGUGCCAGUUGUCUUUGAACAAGAUAGUAAGUUUUCUCUUGCAUUGAUUUUUUAAUUCUUUGAUAAGAAUUGACAAAUUUUUCAAAGACAGACCCUUUAAUAUAUCACGAUUUCCCAAGUUUUAAAGUAAAUCGUAUUUACGCUUUCUGAAACCUCUACUUAAUCACUGCGUUAUUUAGGAUCAAAUUCACCAGCCGAUAGCAAAUUACGGCAAACAGAUUUUGUUCUUGCCGGGGCGAUGAAGCAAGAAGGUGGCGUCGUAGCGAAAAAGUGUCACGGUAAGCAUAACGCCAAUAGUAACCUUUUAAUGCACCUAAAAUAUUUUCUGAAGUUUUUUUUUUUCAUUAGGAAUCUACCUAGAUGCCGUAUCUUUAGAUGACCUUUAUGUUGAAUUAAGUGUUUUUUACAAAUUUUAUAUUACACUGAAAAACUUUUUUUCAGACAUCUCUAACAGCCCCGUGAUCCAAUCAUAA